CAACAGCACAGUCCGAUCACUGAAAUGUGCUCUGCAUCUACCAACUCAGGUUCAGAUUAACCAACUCCACCAGUUUGGCAAAACACACAUCCACCCACAUCAUCAUACUCAGACACUCACAGAACCCCUAAGCCUACAUGUGCCUGGAUGUGUGAAGUAGGACUCAUCGUGAGAUAGGAAAAGGGAGAAGAAGUAAAAGAAGAAGAUGAGGAGGGUGCGCAGAAAAGGAGGGAACAAAGAGAAGGUGUUUGGAUGUGAUUUGCUGGAACAUCUGGCAGCCUCCAGUCAAGAGAUUCCCCAGGUACUACGAAGCUGCUGUGAGUUUGUAGAGGAGCAUGGGAUUGUGGAUGGCAUCUACAGGUUGUCAGGGAUAUCAUCCAACAUUCAGAAACUGAGGAGUGAAUUUGACAGCGAUGCGAGUCCAGAUCUCAAUAAGGACACCUACCUGCAGGACAUCCACUGUGUCAGCUCCCUCUGCAAGGCUUACUUCAGAGAGCUGCCCAACCCGCUGCUAACGUAUCAGCUCUAUGACAAAUUUGCUGAGGCUGUGGCUGUCCAGCUGGAGGAGGAGAGACUAGUGAAAAUCAGAGAUGUGCUGAAGGAACUACCAAAUCUCCAUUACAGGACUCUUGAGUUCUUGAUGUGCCAUCUUGUCAGAAUGGCUUCACAUUCCUCUGAAACCAACAUGCAUGCCAGGAACCUUGCCAUUGUCUGGGCCCCCAAUCUACUCAGGUCUAAGGACAUAGAAGCAUCUGGGUUAAAUGGUACAGCGGCCUUCAUGGAGGUGAGAGUCCAAUCCAUCGUUGUGGAGUUCAUCCUCACACACGUCUCUCAGUUGUUCCCAGGGCAAGGUGCACUUCUUGAGAGGCGUAACUCCUUGCCGUCUCCAUCAGCGCUAUCCAAUCAGGAGAAGAUAAUUUUUCCAACUAUCUCCUCUCAGAGUCCAGGCAACUAUGGCAACAUUAGCCCGGGCGAUGGCCCCAUUGCCAUGAGGCCAUACCAUGCUAUCAUUGAGGGCACUGACAAGAGGAAAGGGUCUCUCAAGGGCAGGAAGUGGAUGUCCAUCUUCAACAUCGGAGGUCGAUUCCAUGACACAAGACGGAGGAACAAGAACUCAACCAAAGGUGUCGACCCGAAAAAAGAAAGGACCCCUCUAAGACCAGCCAAGAGCAUGGACUCCCUAAGCACCCCUUCCUGCCCAAAUGAAGCGUCCAGACAUCCUGCCCAGCGCCCACCAUCAUCUCACAUGUCUCUCUCCCCUGCUCCCAGCUCCCAAGCUGGCACAGAGGUUGGGGCCCCCGUUGGCGCUAUAAGAGGCAGCGGGUACGCUGUGACCUACCGCCGGGGCACGGGGGUAGUAGGCGGGGGAGGGGGGACCCAGGGCUCAUACAACCCCCUUGACCCUGAUGGAGCAGGAACCGUGGCAAACGAGGGCCAGCCUCAGCAGUCCCGAUCCCCAGCACACUCUGCGAAAUUGGGCUGGCGGUCAGCCAUGCACAUCUCAAAGCCUCACUCAGUCACAGUGCCCCUGCAUAUCACCUCCAACUUGGCACUGGGGGUUCUGCAAGGCGGAGGGGCAGACAAGGUCAUCCACUGCGGUAGGGAUAAGGAUGGAGGAGAGAGGAGGGAAGAAAAGGAGAGAGGAGAGAGGGUGAAGCAGAAGAAAGGAGGGGAAACAAAGGGGGAGGAGGAAGGAGGAAAGAUCACUGCACCAGAGCAGGUCAAAGAGGAGACGAAAGAAAGACAGGACGUGAGGGGAGAGGAGGCGAGCAUAGCAAUAGAUGGUGAGGGUGCUGAGGAGGAGGCUGAGGUGGUGAAGGAGGAAAAGAAGGAGGAAGAGGCAGCAAGAGUGGACCAUUUGCCAGAGCCAACGGAGGCAGCAGGAGGUCAAGGCGAGGAUGGGGAGCAAGGUGCUAACAUCAUGGACUCCGACAUAGAGGACAACAAUAAUGGAAGUCCUGGAGACAAUGAUUAUGAAUACAUGGAAAUGAAAAGUGUUGCUCCAAUUUCACCAACUGUUCCCCCCAUGUCAGAGACAAACGUGUGUGGCAUGGACAGUGUGCUGAAAGUGUCUGAUAUCCUUAAUUCCACCGACAUGGAUGUAGAUGAUUAUGAGCUGUCGGGAUAUGUGCAGGAUAAUUUUGAAUUCCUGGACCAUAUGGACAGCAACAUCUCCAGCCAGAAAAAUGAAUUCUCAGUGGAAGCUCCUUGUCACUUUGACUAUGAAGAAAUGGAGGCACAGAGGCCAUUCCAACACACACAAUUAAACCCACAUGAGCCACUCACCUCCGACACAGUCGGACGAAAUGUCAAGUCUCUUAGUCUCCCUCAUAUGACCCUGCCCUUCCUCCCAGCCCAGUUUUCCUCUGAAGAGGAUCUUGUGGAUGAUGAUAAUGAUGAUGAUGAUGAUGAUGAUGAUGAUGAUGAUAGUGAUGCUAGUGAUUACAGUAGCGACGAAGAUGGGGACAUGUUUUUUAGAAGUAUUCCUUCCAAUUAUAAAUUCCACAACCUGACCUGGCCUUGUCACACCACUGAAGGAGAUGCCUCCUCUCCAUUUCCACAGUCACCAGAACAUUUUGACUGCCUGGUCAUUGAUACACUUCCUGUUGACCAGUCACAGAGUCCUGAGCUUUCUGCAUGUGUUCAAUCACCAAUAAAAAAUCAGGAGCAGGGAGAAGCAAGAGAUGGAGGGAGAUUAGAGGAGAAGGAACAAGGGAAGGAAGAGGAGGAAUAUAAAGAUAACCAGGGAGAAGACCAAGUGCAAACAAAUACACAAACCCAAAGAACAGUGACAGGAGUUAUCUGCCCUGAAGUUGAUGCCAGCGUCAUCAAUGAGGAAGUUGCAGCACCAAUUGCUGAGGGUAACAGUGGAAUAGAUGCAGGGGCAGCCAUCGAGCUCGAAAAGGAAAAAGAAGGAAUCAACAGUAACAUGGAAUGUUCAGGGGGUCACUUUAGUUGUGACACUGUGGAGGAAACUGGCUCCCUUGUCACCAUCAUGCCGCCAUCCUCUCCUAUGCUUACCCAUGACGCACAGAGAUGGACUGUGGACAUGCUUGUCGAAGUUUCCAGAAACGUCUCUGGAAGCUCGAUAGAAAUGCCUAAAACCUCUAUCAGGAUGGACAGGGAAGGAAACAGGGAUGAUGGAGGAGAGAGUGAGGAGCGUGAGGAAGAAGAGGACAGAAUUGAAGAGGGGGCAGAGGGAGGAGAAGUCAGUCUUGAGACAGAGAAAGAGGUGGAGGGUUUGGUUGAGGAGAAAAAAGAACACAAUGAUGCCAAACAAGAAGAACACGGGGAGGGAAGCAGUGAAAUAAUCAUCUAUGAACCAUGUGAGGAGAAAGACGAGGAGUUGGUGAUGGAGGAGGAGGAAGAUGGUGAUACAGGGUCGGAUGAAGCAUUUUUUGAGAUGAACUGUAAAUUCUGGGAGGAGUUAAAUGACAUUGUCUGUGAUGUUAUAGAGAAUGCAGAAAGUGAGAUUGCUGAGGGGAGCAAUAUGCAAGGGGAUGUUGGAUGUUGCAUAAAUGAUGCAUUCAAAAAAGAAAAAUCACAGAGUGAAGAGUCAGAGGUGGAGGAUGUCCCUAGUCAAGAGACUGAAGUUUCCGAAGAAAGGUCAAAAAAGUUAGAGGAAGGAGGGUUCACAAAGACUGAGGCCGAGACUGAGGUGCUGGAAAAAUCUUUGACAGAAGACAAGUACAGCCAGGAGAUGCAACAAGAUUUAGAGAAGAAAGAGGCCACCUUACUGAAAGGAAGUGAAUUAAACGACAGAAAAGAAGAAGUAGAUUUAGAAAUCCAAGAGAGGCAUGCCUCUGAAGACGAGAAGACAACGACAGUAUGUCAAGACAACAAGAGAGUUAAGGCACAACACCAAAAACUGACAAGCAUAGACGACAGUGGGAAAAAAACAGAAGAUGUCAAGUCUGGAGACAAAAACUCGAGGCAGGGUGACAGCGAACAAGUAUUAGAGACAGGGGUGGGGAGAAAGCUGGUUAUCUCCAAACAAGCACUCUCCAAAGUAUACCAAGUUAAAUCUGUGCCAGUUGUGCCCCCUAAACCCCAGCAUUGCAGACUGACAGCACUAGGCCUUCGGCAACAGCAGCAAAGACAAAGGGGAGAUGUAGACAGAGAGAGGGAAAACUUGAUGAAAAGGGCACACGGAGGAGAGGAGGAGGAGGAUGGAGCAAAGAAGGAGAGGCAGACCUUCAGGCGAGUGGAGAGGGAGAGAAGGAAGGAGUGGGAUGAAGGUGGGACGAGGGACUCAGCCAGACACAAUCCCCUCAGCAUGUGUUUCGAUGAGGCUGUUGCCAUAGCAACCAUGAAGCGAGGGAGGGAGAAGGAGAGUGGUGAGAGGGAGAGACAGAGAGACUGGGGGACGAAGGACAGUGAAGUGGGCAAUCGAAAAUGAACAGUCCUCUGUUUGAAUGAUGAAUUUAAAGGAUAAUUCUGUUUUUUGUUUUUUUUCUACAACUUGGGUGUUUAUUUUCAUAGUUUUUGCCAUCAAACAUUUUGGUUAUGCGAUAUCAUUGUACUUUCCAGCUUUGUUGUCGAGAUUUUGGAUAUGGCAGCACCAUUGAUCACAGCUAUACCACGUUGUCUGGGUAAAUGAAUACAAACAUCAGACAUGUUUAUACAAGUCACAUUUUGCCUUGAUCAUCUAAACCACAUGUGUGGGGUGAAAAAUGAAAGGGAAGAUUAAAAGUUAUUA